AUGGCGGAGACCAGUGUUGCAGAGGUGAUGCCUGCAGGGUUCUUUAACCGUAAUUUGUGCUUUCUCGAUGAAGUGGAUAAUGCGCAGAUAUCCUACAUGAAAGGCGAACAGGGAGUGGAACUUCGAACAGCGCCUGACUGUAUGAAACCUGUCAUUAGGAACAUUGAGGCUAUUCUGACUUUUAUACAGCCUUUAUACAAGCGUCGUGGUUUAUUUAUGAUGGAACAGAUUCAUAAUGAGUUUCCUGAAAACAUCAACACACUUGCGAAUCUUAUAGAAAUGAAGACAAAUUUAAACAUGGACAUCAAAAUACAAGAAGAGAAGCUCAAAACUUUACGAUCAAAAGAUUGCAACAGACUAGAAGAAGCCAGAUGUCGUUUGGAAAUCGGUUAUGUUCUUAUGACUGAUUUACAUAUAGAGGCCCAGAAAUCAGUGGAAGAAAAACUCAUGGAUGUUCAUAAACAUCUAGAAUUGAAAUCACAAAUGGUGACCGGGAACCGGAGGAUUAUCUUUAAACAUGCCUUUCAACAAUGGGAUGAUGCCACAACGAAAAUCAAACAUCUCCUGACGGAAACGUGUUUACAUGGUACUAAAUUGGAACAGAACGAAGCUAUCACAUAUUUUAAGCUCGGGAUGGACCUGUUGGAGCCUGGAACUGAAAAGGAACUUUGGAGACACCAAUUAGCUAGAACACACAGUCGUUUAGGAACGGCUGAUAGGAAUGUAUCCAAGACGACAGAGAGGAAACAUCAUAUGUGCUGUGCACUCAAGAACUUCCUUGAGUGCAUUUCAGAAAUAUCAAAGGUCAAUCAGAAAAAUGACCCCUUGAAAGUUUACAUAGCACGAUCAUACGCGUAUGUGGGUCAUUUAAUUGCCACAAGACAUAAGGAGAUCAAAGGGCAACAAGAACCAAUCCCUAGCUUCAUUGAACAGAAUGACGAUUUUCGUUGUCUUUGGAAUAACCCAAUGAAAGCUUUCGAAAUGGCCUACGAAAGUUUCAAUCGCGACAGAGUCGUUCACAACAGACAUGGAUUGACAUUGACAGAUAGGCGUGCAACAAAAGACAAAAAAGAAAACUAUGAAAAAAAUGUCGAUCAGGCUAUCAAACAUUUUAACGAAUCCUUGAAGAUUGAAAAAAUGCACAAUUGGUUUGCCUACUCUCUGUUAGCUCAUGCCUACCUAGAGAAAUAUAGGGUUAAGAAACAACGGUUCCUGGAAGAAACCUCGCGUCAAAAUAAAAAGGAACCAGAAAAAGGCGAUCUUGAUGACGCUAUUAAAAACGGCGAGUUGUGUCUACAGCAACGCGUUACAUCGCGCACGCUGUUGGACAUCAUUGAAGCUUUUUACUUGAAAGGCAUGAAACCAAAGCAGGGGAAAGAUGGCUUAGAUAUCAUAGUAGACGAGUCUUGCAUAACAGUUGCCUACGAGUAUAUUCAGAGAGCCUUUAAUCAUCAUGACUGCAAAGAACAUGAGAAAUUAAAAGUUUUCUCCGGGAAGUGUCUCUUUCAUAAAGGAGACAAAACAAAUGGAAUAGAGGCAAUGCUGGACAUUCUCACAAAACCACGAAAUAGCGUCACCGAGCCUCACUAUUUCAAAGAACUCAUGAUAAUGAUGCUCAACGAAUUCAGGGUUUGGAAAGACAACAAAAGAAACGAAGUGAAGAUUAGGCAACGGCGACAGAAAUUGCGGAAAAUAUGGUGUGUUCUUAGCAGCGGGAAAGUAACAUACACCAAUCGAUUGAGACACCCACUUAUUGGCAUUGUGAAUAUGUACCCUCAUGAACUCAUAUUUAUGAUAAGGGAGGUAUUCAGCUUUAAAAAAAGGAGCCCGAAAGAUCAAGAGUUAGUCAAUGAAUGCUUGAAUGCCUUGGAAAACCACCAUGGAAAAGAUGUCAAUCGGCGGCUAAAAGAGUUACUUGCAGAACGGCCUGAAGAAUCUGACGAAAUAGAUAAUCACAAAGCAGAGACAUCUGAUCCAUAUCAAUGUUGCAUCUGCUAUAGUAGAGAGGACGCAAUAUGGACAAAAACGUUCAUUGAGGACAGAAAACUCCAUUUGAACGGAAAACUUUGUUCAAGAGUUGAUCAGUUGGAAAAAGGGGAAAACAUGAAGUACCUGUUUAUCAUAUCUGAUAGCUUUAACAACGACGAGGAUUGCAUGGCUAUGUUGAGUGCUGUGAAAGGCAAAUACAAGACGAGCAACAGACUGAUACCAGUUCUUAUAAAUAAUUUUUCAUCACUUCCGCUGUUACUUGAAGAUGUACAUCCGGUCGAUUGCACCGGAUUGAGAAACUCGGCGUAUAAGAAUUUGGAAGCAGCUCUUAUCCAGCAAGUAAAUGAUAAUAAUGUUCAAACGGCUAAGGUCACUCCUAAUCCUACGGUUAUAGAUGUUCCGCGAGCUGAACUCACUCCCGAUCCGAUGGUUAUAGACGUUCCAGGAGCUGAAGUCACUCCUGAUCCGACGGUAAAAAACGUUCCUGGGGCUGAAGAGGGUACAGCCAGUAGCGACUCGGAAAGUAUUGAAGUCGAGGAAUCUGAGUCAAAAGCCCUCAAACGGAGAAAGAAAGACGACCAGACUGAGGAGCAAGCUCCAAAUGAAGAACCAUCGAUGGAGGCCCAGGAACAAGCAGAAAGCGAGAUAGCAACGAAUGGAACGGAAAGCAAACCAUCGAUGUGGGAACUUGUACAAUCAGAAAAUAAUGAAUUGGACUCUGGAUUCGACAGUCAAAAUGCCUAG